AUUAGCCCUGAUGGAGAAGAAGUUUAAUUAAUAACCACUGUCCUCUUUACUCAUGACCCCUGCUCACAAUCCAGCCAGGCUCCUAACUGAGGUAGUUAUUCGUAUUUGUCCCUAUCCGAUUACUGAUGCUUUUAAAGACUUUUAAAGAGUUUUAAAGUAAAUGCAAGAAGCCGAUUGGAGAGAUUAACUUAAGCUGAACAUAGAUCUUUUUUCUUUAGGCUUAAUCAAUCAAUUCCAUUCUGCACUGAGGAAUAAUCUGGGGCCAACACAGAAUUCUGGAUGAAUGAGUGGGUUGGAUCUGAUGUCAAUGUGGUGGGACCUCUCCAGAUCCCACCCAACGAUGGGUUUCCUCUGCCAGAUGGAUUGCAUUUCUUUGAUAUUUUGGCAGAGCAGAGUGGCCCUUUGCUACAGGACCAGGAGGUCUUACCCUUCAACAGCUAUCCCAGCAUGCAGUACUCCACAGUGGAGCAAUCCAUGUCCCCACCAUCCUAUUACUCCAAUCAACACUAUUACCCACAGUACAAUGUGGAGGAAUGGUGCUCGCCGUCUACAAUGUUGGAACUGAGGAAAGGUCCGCUGGAAGGGGGUUAUGAGACAGAGAUAAAGGAACCAUCUCCUGUCAUUCCCACUGUUUAUAAGAGACCCAGACAUGCUCCCAAUUUGGGCCGGUUCAAAGGGGAAGAACUGUGUGUGGUGUGUGGGGACAAAGCUUCAGGGUACCAUUAUAAUGCUCUCACGUGUGAAGGAUGUAAAGGGUUUUUCAGAAGAAGUAUAACAAAGAAUGCUGUGUAUAAGUGCAAGAGUGGUGGGAACUGUGAGAUGGAUAUGUACAUGCGCAGAAAGUGUCAGGAAUGUCGACUCCGGAAGUGCAAAGAGAUGGGCAUGCUUGCAGAAUGUUUGCUAACUGAGAUUCAGUGCAAGUCAAAAAGACUGAGAAAAAAUCCAAAGUCCUCACAGGAGGAUGACACGGAAUAUGAUACAGAAGUGGGAGACAGUGGGGAUGCUAAACAAGUUACAUCCACAACAAAAACAUUAAAAGAAAAGUUGGAAUUAAACUCUGAGCAACAAACUUUACUAACUUAUAUCCUUGAUGCAUACAACAAACAUCGCAUCCCUCCAGACAUGGCCAAGAAACUGCUGCAGGAGCAGUUCAGUAAAGAGGAGAACUUCCUCCUACUGACUGAGAUGGCAACAAGCCAUGUCCAGGUUCUGGUUGAGUUCACAAAAAACAUUCCAGGUUUCCAGUCUCUGGACCAUGAAGAUCAGAUAGCUUUACUUAAGGGUUCGGCAGUGGAGGCCAUGUUCCUGCGCUCUGCUCAGCCCUUCACCAAGAAACUUCCACAUGGACACACAGAGGUGCUGGAGGACAGAAUAAGAAAGAGUGGAAUAUCUGAAGAGUUCAUCACCCCUAUGUUCAACUUCUAUAAGAGUAUCGGGGAGCUACUGAUGAUGCAGGAGGAACAUGCUCUCCUCACUGCCAUUACCAUUCUUUCACCAGACCGACCCUAUGUUAAAGACCAGCAAGCUGUGGAGCGACUCCAGGAAGCAAUGCUGGAGGUGCUGUGGAAGUUCUGCAAGCUGAAUCACCCUCAGGAGCCACAGCGUUUUGCCCGGCUGUUGGGUCGGCUGACCGAGCUGCGCACUCUACACCACUAUCAUGCUGAAAUGCUGGAGUCAUGGCGCAUGAGCGACCACAAGUUCAACCCGCUGCUCUGUGAGAUUUGGGAUGUACAGUAAUUCAGCAGGCAUAGCGAACAAGAGGCAAAAAUUCUGAGGACUUCAUGCGGCUGAAAAUGGAAUUUGAUUUGCUGGAUGUGAACAUAUUUGUUAUGUAUGGAAGGUCCACGCAUUGUUAAAUAGUAACUGUAAUAAUUAUUGUAUGCUCAUCCAUGUAUGUCAUUUAAAAUUGGUAUUAAAUAAUUGGAAUAGAGUUAAAUGUUUGUGUGAUUUUGUAGGAAUUUAUGUAUUUAUAACAUUAUUGCUUGCAACCAGAGUACCCAGUAAAAAAUUUGUAAAACUAUUUACAAACAGUGACCUGAGGAUGGGAUCAAACCCAGGUUAACUCAGGUGGAUGGCUGUGUUUCUGAGUCUGUGAUCUGCAACACCGGUGCACCCCAAGGAACUGUACUAGCACCAUUCCUCUUCACGGUCUACACCUCGGAUUUUCGAUUUAACUCUGGUUCCUGCCACCUCCAGAAGUUCUCCGACGACUCCUCCAUUGUUGGAUGUAUCACCAGGGACAACGAGGAGGAGUACAGAAGACUGAUCGAGAGCUUCACUACAUGGUGCAGUGAAAAUCACCUGAAGCUCAAUAUCAGCAAGACUAUAGAGAUUGUGGUAGAUUACCAGAGGAACAGAAGCCCCCCUGUCCCUGUUUUCAUACAGGGAAAGGAGAUGGAGAGGGUGGACUCCUACAAGUACCUUGGGGUACAUAUAAAUAACAAACUGGACUGGACACAUAACACUGAUGCCAUCUAUAGGAAAGGACAAAGUAGACUGUUUUUUCUGAGGAGGCUGAGGUCCUUCAGUGUGUGCAACAGACUGCUGAAAGCUUUCUAUCAGUCUGUGGUUGCCAGCGCCCUCUUUUUUGCUGUGGUGUGCUGGGGUGGUGGCAUCAAGGCUGGAGAUGCCAACAAACUCAAUAAGCUGGUCAGGAAAGCCGGUUCUGUUGUGGGUCUACAGCUGGACAGUCUGGAGGUGGUAUGUGAGAAAAGAACAAAGGACAAAAUCAGGGCCAUCCUGAAUAACCCUUCUCACCCUCUUAAUGAGGAACUAUGGCGACUGGGUAGUUCUUUUAGUCAUAGACUAAUUCCACCAAAAAGCAAGACGGAGCGCUUCAGACGUUCUUUUGUGCCAACUGCCAUCAGACUGCAUAACAAUAGCAGAAUACACAGACUGUCCUCACACUAAUGAGCCAGCUUCCCCCCAUUCAAUAACUCAAGAUCCCCCUUCUACCCUUUUGCCCAGCACUGGACUCUGUUUCAUUAUUUACACAUAUGUAUAUAUUAGAAUUUAUAGUGUUUGUAUUAUACUGUAGUAAUUGCCAUACUGAUGUAUAAUAGUAAUUGCAUUGCAUAGCAAAUUUCUUUUUCUUUUUUAUUCUAUUUCGAUCAAUAAAGGAAUCUUAUCUUAUCUUAUCUUAACAGGA